AUGGCCUUUGAAAAUAUUGCACUGGGAAUUUUCCUCUUCUCCCAGAUUACAGUGGGAAUGAUUGGCAAUUCCUCAAUACUAUUUUAUUAUGUCAUAUUGAAAUUCACUGGAAAACAUUUAAUGCCCAAAGACCUGAUCAUAGAGCACUUGACUGUUGCCAAUUGCCUGUUUAUCAUCUCAAAAGGCAUUCCACAGACACUGUCAGAUUACGGAUUAAAAGAUUUCCUGGAUGAUUUUGGAUGUAAAUUGAUAAUGUAUAUUUACAGAAUAACAAGGGGGAUGUCCCUUUAUGCUAUGUGUCUAUUGAGUUGCUUCCAAGCAAUCACAAUCAGCCCCAGCAACUCCAGAUGGAUGAAGUUUAAACACAGAGCCACCAAGUACCUUGGUCCCUCUUGCUCACUUAGCUGGCUUGUGCAUUCAUUUCUAAACAUCUUGACUCCGGCAAGAGUGUCAGGUCCAAGUUACAGCAAAAAUACAACUAACAGGAUGAUUUAUGGUUACUGUUCAUGGUUUGCUUCAGGCAACUUUGCAACUGCACUGUAUUUAUUCUUGCUGUGCUUCUGUGAUGGACUGUGUCUGGGUCUCAUGGCCUAUUCAAGUGUCUCCAUGGUGAGUAUGCUCUACAGACAUAAGAAACAAGUCAAGCAUAUCCACAGGGCUCAAGAUUUUUUAAAAGUCUCUCCUGAAAUCAGAGCCAUGAAAACUAUCCUCAUCCUGGUGUGCACCUUUAUCCUCUCUUACUCAUUCUCCUCCAUGGUGGCCAUCGUUACGGCCUACUCCAAAUACCCAGAGCUUUGGGGAGUGAGUGUAUUUACAUUUCUAGAAAUAUGCUUUCCUAUAUUUUGCCCCUUUGUACUCAUCAGCAAUAUGAAACCUAUUUCCAACCUGUUUCUACCCUGCUUUCAUAAUAACUUUCUCAAAGAAUGA